AUGAAGUUCCUUUUAAUAACGUGUUUACUGGUUGCGAGCUUACUGUGCGUCAAAGCGGGAGCCGAGACGGAAGAAAGGGAAGAAAAGCCGGAGAUCACAAAAUUGGAGUUAGUCGAUCUCGGCGAAGGGGAAAGCGAUAUCGAUGACAAAGACUCGGAAGUGCAAAAAAAGAGAGAUUCUGGGUACUCUUAUAGGAGACCAGAAACGAGUAGCGCGUUAGCCUCGAGAGCCCGUUUUCAAAUUGGACAAUCUGGCAAUAGAGGGCGUAUUGUCAAUAGGCAUCCAGCACAAAUAAACAGACCUGUUACAAAAUACGGACCACCGGGUUAUCAGAAUUCAUCUCCAAUGAGACCUACGUCGCAUGGUCAACAACACCGAGAUAAAUUGCAGUCCCACGGUCAUUUCGGUCAACAGCAUUCGAACUUUGAUGGCCGCCCUAGUGGGUUGUUCGAACAGGAAGUUCCGAGUCCAAUUAGACAGGUCGACUUCGUCGAACCGAAUCCAAUAUCCUCUCAAAACAAUGAACCCUUUGGGAUUCACACGGCCAAUUACUUACCGCCGCAAAAUCAGAAGUUACCCGGCUAUAGCGUACCGCAAAUUUUUUCUUCCUCCCAAGUAACGCAAAGUCCCAACAACGGCAAUGAAGGCCCAUCGGCAAACUUCCAAAGCCAGAACAUCGUACAGCCGCAAGGGCAGAUAUCCGAUGCGGCGCUUUUCCUAACGCAAAACGCUCAAGCCAUACAGCAACUUUAUGCCGCACCGCCGAACGAACAAGAUUUCGCCCCACAAGUCGACCAAUUCUUAGGUCAUAAUAAUCAAGUUCCUAAUGCGAAUAUCCAGUUUCAAAAUUUCGAGAGCAGUUCACAAAGCCCGGCAAGUUUUCCAGGGCAGCUGCCGUCGUACGCAUCUGGAACUCUUAGCGCUCAAGAAACCCUAGAGCAAAUACAGUCCCACGAAAAGGACAGAUUGAUUGUUCAAUUGCAGCGAGCACUCGCGACCCAGACUCAGGCCCAAAAUGCAGAUGCAGCAGGAAGGUACGCUCAAAAUCAGCCGAGCUUCGUUCAGAAUCAAGAUCUUCUGGCUUCCCUUGGACAGCGAAUGAAGAUUCACGGUUUAAAUACACAACAGAGUACCGUAAACUUUGGCUCUGGAAAUACAGCUUUCAAUCAAUCACCUUUUUUACCAGGAACAACGAUCAGUCCGGGGUUUCCGCUUAGCUAUGGACUAUCGACCACUAUUCAACCACCAACGACCACUACGACUACAGCAACCACGACAACCGUGCAACCCCCUCAGGCUGCUAAAGGCGAUGGUACCUCGCAAGUCGGUUCUUCCGUACCUGCGCCACCCUUAGCGUCAUCCGCUCCAGGAGUUCCGGUUUACGGUGGAUUCGUGCCCACCUUGAUAGCUGGUACAACUUUCCUGUCGAACGUACCAUCUUACGGUUCUACUUUCUUCGCGCCCGGUGCCGUUACACCUGUCCAACCGUCAGGAUCCUCACCUACGCAGUUCGGACUACCUAUCCCUACGAAUCACGGUCAGAAACCGAUCUCUGGUACCACGCCAUCGUCCUCGCCCUCCAUCACUUCGUCGACUCCUUUGCCGAGUCGACCUGGCUUUCCUUCGUCUCCACCGGUUAAUACCGUGCCACUUCCUGUGCAUCCUGUUGCAACUCCCCUUCAUCCAGUGGUGACGCCUCUUCAUCCAGUAGCACCUCUGCAACCAGUACUCCCUCCGUCCUCCACACACGUGCAUCCCGUACAAACUCCAUCAGCGACGCAUCCAACGUACGGAUUGCAAACGGCGGUAAUCAAUCCGCUUUUAUACAAACCCAUCAAACCGGUCUAUCCGUUCUACUAUUACCCGAACGUCGCAUAUCAGGUACCUAAGCCAGCGUCACCGACUUAUCCGUGGAGCUACGCGCCGACCUAUGCUCAAGCGAAACCGACCCAAAUAUGGAAAUGA